ACUCUCCGGGCCGUGGAAUUCGAACCUUUGGCUUCGGUCGAGCUUGCCUCUCAACUUCAGAGACACCAACAUACUCACAGCUAGUACUAACAGCUAGUAUCUGCAAAACGAAGGCAUGCACCCUUGGAAUAUUAGGACCUCUCAACAUACAAAGAUAAUUUUUCUAACUUCUUGCGAGAUCGCUUAGCUAGACAUGCACUACGAGCCUCUACAUGGGAUACUUCUUGGUAUGCUGUCCAUUAUUGUCACCAUCUAUCUGUCUUGUUGCUCAUAUGCACAUCACUGGUACUUCCUGUAACCGCAUCGCCGUCACCAUCUGUCGAAUCCAGUGAUUCCUGAUAUCACGUCUAUUCCUGUGCUGUGAUUUCCCCCGUGAUACUCACGAUUUGAGUUUUCACAUGGCGUGAACUGUACCAACCAAUAACCUUUACUGUCAAUAGCUGUCCUUGAUGAUUAUAUCUCUUACCCAUGAUCGUAACAGGGAUAAUUCAAUUUCUCACAGAGCCCCCAAGAAGCUUGCAUGUUGAUAUAAACCAGCCUUCGUCUAUGUUACAGGGUCGAUUUCACCGCUCAAUCCUGGCGCCGUCCCACUUGCCGUUCGCUCACCGUAUCUAUCGUGCUGGUUAGCACAAGGGGGAGGGAAUGCUCUAAACACUGCUUGGACGACUAUGUAUACCGGAACUAUCUUGGGGUGGGUUGGUUAUGUGAAAGUCGACGGAAAAACUUUCAAAUUUCUCGGAAACGAUGGAAAAGUGCCUGUUGACCAGGCCGUACAGAAGAACUUGCAGAUUACUUCGACACAAAGCACAUUCACCUUGACUGCAGGAUCUGUGGACCUAACUGUGAACUUUCUAAGCCCGGUGGAGCCCGACAAUCUCGUCAAUCACUCUUUUCCAUUCUCAUAUCUCGCCGUGACGGCUACGUCCAAUGAUGGACAAUCUCAUUCAGUUCAGGUGUAUACUGACAUCAGUGCGGAAUGGGUAACUGGAAAUGUCAGCCAGAUUGUCAGCUGGAGUACAAGUGCUGGAGAUAUGAUCACCCAUCAAGCUCAACUUGUCGACCAGACUCCAUUUGUAGAGGUCGGUGAUCGUAUUCAAUAUGGCUCUGUUUAUUACGCUACUUCAAAUACGCAAGGGACUACAUAUCAAUCGGGUGAAGAUGAGGUAGUACGUUCACAAUUCGUGAACAACACCACUCUUUUGAAUACUCAGGAUACACAAUUCCGAGCCGUCUCCGACCGCUGGCCUGUUUUCGGCAUGGCCCACGACCUAGGACAAGUCUCGUCAACCUCAGCACCUGUGGUCUGGUCUGUUGGACACGUUCGAGAUCCAGCCGUGGAGUAUAUCGUACAAGGAGGAUUUCAAAAUCGAAGUUUAUACUUCUGGAGUCAAUACCUCAACAUUUCUGAUGCUAUAUCUGCCUUCCACGACGAUUACCCUCCCGCACUUAUGAGAGCCAAUAGUUUCGACCAGCAAGUCAAGAGGGACGCACAGGCUAUCUCAAAUGACUACGCAGAUCUCGUAGCUUUAUCGAUACGCCAGUCAUUCGCCGCAAGCGAAAUCACCAUCUCAAAGAACGGUGAUGGUAUAUUUGACACGUCUGAUGUACUUAUGUUUUUGAAAGAGAUUUCCAGCGAUGGCGAUGUCAGUACGGUGGACGUUAUCUUCCCGACAUGGCCUCUCUAUCUUUACACCAGCCCGGCUCUCGGAAAGUACACUUUGCUGCCACUUUUCGAAUAUCAAGCCACGGGACAGUACUCCAACCAAUGGAGCAUCCAUGACUUAGGUGACAGAAGCUAUCCGAAGGCUGUCGGCCACAAUGACGGGAAGGAUGAAGCCAUGCCGGUCGAAGAAUGCGGGAACAUGCUCAUCAUGACAUUGAGCUAUACGCAACGCACCGGAGACAAAUCUCUAAUUUCUACUUACUAUAGCCUCCUUGAUCAAUGGGCUCAGUUCUUGAUCACGGAUAGUUUGAUCCCCGCCAAUCAACUCAGUACAGAUAACUUCGCUAGAAGCCUGACCAACCAGACGAACCUUGCAAUCAAGGGUAUCAUAGGAAUCAAAGCGAUGUCUGAGAUUGCUUCACUCAUGGGCGACGGUGCAAGGAGUUCAAACUAUAGUUCGAUCGCUUCGUCCUAUGUUGAUCAGUUCAUGGGUUUGGCUAUGUCCUCUGACAGCAAACAUCUGACUCUCAAUUACGGAAACGAAACUAGUUGGGGCUUGAGCUAUAACCUAUACGCAGACAAGCUUCUCGGGACGAACUUGUUCCCGGAUUCUCUAUACCAAACGCAAACGAGCUGGUAUAGCAACCUGGUCAACGAGUUUGGUCUUCCAUUGGAUACACGCAACACGUUCACGCUCUCGGGGUGGGAAAUAUGGACUGCAGCGAUCGUAAAGUCGACGUCACUGCGUGACCACCUCAUAUUCUCCGUUCAUCAGUACGCUGCCAACGGAAACAGUGAUCGGCCGUUCACCGAUUGGUAUGACACCAAAGAUGGGAAAUCCAUCCUCUUCACAGCUCGUCCUGUCGUAGGUGCUCACUUGGCUUUCCUUGUAUUGUCGAAUGCUACCGAUACCACUACAACCGGUUCUAGCUCUGCGACUCCACUAGGCCCGACUAGUGGGGGAGGGUCUAGCGGAAGUACCGGAGGUAGCAAUAACAAUAAUGAAGGAGGCAGCAAUUCUGCGGCGAACCGAGUGAUGGCUAGCUGGUUUACGCUGUCGAUUCCUUUCGCCUUUGUGGUUCUUGGGAAUAUGGUAAUGUUCGCCUCUUAGCAGACCCAGUGAAUAGCAGAACGAGGAGUCGUAUGUUGUGCUUGAUAUGUCUAGGCGUCGGGUAGGAAAAUAUAUACUUUCGACAUCGAGCGUACCAGACUCGGGCUUAGUCUAAAAGC